AUGCCGAUUGUGUUCAGUGCUGUAGCUAGUGACAGAAACAUUGUGUCCAACUUCGCGUCUUGCGAUGGAAACUUUACUGAAAUUGCUGAACAAGUGCUGUCUAAGUUACCGGCUUGUAACAAUAAGAUGACAUAUUCACAUGGCACGUACCUACUGCAUUAUAUAUCGGAAGAUGAUUAUUUAUACUUCUGUAUAACAGACAAACUAUGUCAACGGUCCAGGGCAUUCUUAUUCCUGAACGAGAUACAAAGGCAGUUCAUAGCAAGCAGGCGAAGUAAAGAUGACUUCACGACGGUGUUAGCAGCUGAAAUGUAUCGAUACAGUGAGGACUACAACACCAUUGUUAUCAGAAAAGGCGAACUGGAUGAACUAAAUAGUAUUGGUGUCGGAUGCAGUGAAAGUAUUCUGGGCGAGAAGAUCCUGUAUAUCAACAAUCCACAUAUAAUUUCAUACAGUACUAUCUCUCACGUAAGCGCGACUCCAGCACUUCUAUCAGUAUCAGCCACGAGUUCAACUGAAGAAGAAACAAAAGAAACUCUACCUUCAGAAGUAUCACACAACACACAACUGGCCAAAGAAAACAAUACUUCAAGAGACAUAUCAACAGUCUACCCAAAACAAGAAAGUAUAUCAGUAAUACCACCAAAGGAAAGUGUUCAUAAUAUGUCUGCAAGACUGUACAUAGUAAUUGUAGGUAUGAUUAUACUUGUAAUAGCAAUGUCUGUGUGUGCCUUCGGACCAAUUUCCUGUGUUGUGGUCACCGGUAUAGGAAUAUAUUCGCUCUUACGAUCUUACGGGUUUAGGAAUAAAGUUGAUUAG